AUGACAUUGAAAAACAUAGUUGAGGAUCAAAUGGCUUCUCGUAUGUGUAUCCUAAAAAACCCAAUAACAUGGAUUGUUAUUCUUGUCCCAUUGUUUCUAUGUGCUGGUUUUUCGUGUACUUUUUGUUUCUCUCUCCUCAUCACCUCUUUAGUUUUGAUUCUAUCCACUCUUUUCUUCACAUUUUCAAAACAAAACCCAGCCCUUGUGAGGAUCCCAGUUCAAGAUGAAGCUCUCAGCUCUGAUAAGAAAUGCCCACUUCAGGUUGAAGAAGAAUCAAUACAACAGCCUCAAAGUGAAGUUAUUACAGAGAUUACAGAAGUUCAAGAAAAUGGAGUAGUGGUGCAUAGUCAAGACUAUGUGGCUAGAUCACUUGAUUUGUGUUUGGAAAAUGAAAGCAUUGAUCACCCAACUUCAAGUGAAGAUUCUGAUGUUGACUGGUCAUUUUCUGGCGAGGCGGGUCGUGGCCCGGACUGCUCUGAUGGUUCGAUUUCCGACGAGGAAAGCCUGAUUGAAAUUGCUCUUCCAAGUGGCCAAUCCAUUGGUUCAAAAGAAGCAAGUCCCAAGUUUAAUUUGCUGCAAAAGUUGCCAGAUUUCUCAUUAGAAUCCAUUUUUAAGCAAGACAGCCUAGUGGAGCUUUUAGCAGAGAUCAAUGAGGUGAAUGAGGAAGAAAAUCUGAUUGAGAUUGACAUUUCCAUGGGCUCCAUCAAGUGUUCAAGGUUUGAGAUUGAAGCAUAA